AUGUCGCUGCCCGGGGGCUAUCGCCGGGGCACAUCUGGAGCUGACGCUGGAUGUCUCAGCCUGCGAACCGUCAGCAGCGAGGAGCUGAACAGGCGGGCCCUCGCUGGGGAUAAACCCGAAAAUGCUACAGCUGAACUAGGAGGGUGCUAUUCACCGUCUCCAUGCAAUAGCCCAACCGUAUCAAUAACUUCAAAUAACUCAUCAUUCAGAUCUUCUCAAAUACCAUCAUCAACUAGUAGCAUGCUUUUAGAGGAUGUUGUGCAGACGACACUUUCUGUCAAUAAACCUGCACCCACCACUAACGGCGUAAAAAAGCGUAGGAAAUGGAGUCCUGAUAUUAAUAAAUAUAUCCUACGCAAAUAUCUUGAAAUCACAAAAUUGGAAACAGACACAAAAGCGUAUCUUACACCAUUAUAUGAAAACUUUAGUAAAAUGUAUCCUGAUAUGAACGACGUAACCCGACAACGACUUGGUGAUCAGCGGCGAGCUAUAAUGCAGAAAAAGUUAUUACCGCAAUCUACAAUAGACCAAAUAUACAAUCAAGUCAAAAAGGAACUGCAAAAUAUAUCAUUCACAAAUACUCAAUCUCAGAAUUCAACAUUGUACAUCUCUUCAUCAAAUAACACAGGCAGAAAUUUAAAAACACCCACACAACAGGCACGAAUGAAGUGGACGAAAGAACACAAUGAGGCAAUAAUAAGAGCAUACUAUAAAAUUACUCAACUAGAGUCAAACAUAACCGCAUAUGGGCAACCACUUCACCAGGCUUUUAUUGACACUUUUCCACAUUUAGCACAUAUAUCGGAACAAAGAAUUGCUGAUCAGAGACGUCUCAUUCUCAAUAACAACUACGUCAGCAAAGAUAAACGCGAAGCAAUUAAAAAAGAAGUCGCACAAGAAUUAAAUAGAGAUAAAUAUGAUGUAAAUAUGCAAUCUGAAAAUCCAAGUUAUCAAAAUUGCAAUUAUUCGAUCUCUCAAACUAAUAUACACUCAGAAACUAUACAAAGUAACAGCAACAUACAAACACCUAACACACAACCUCAAAUAACACCUUUUGUAAAAAAUCAACGGACACAGACACAACAUACACUCCAAAUAGAUUAUAUGGACCAAAGUAAUGAGGUGACUGAUGGUAGUUUAGAAAAAGAGCUAUUGGAGAAACUUCGAGAGACACUAGAAACGUUCACAGAUAUAAUUCCAGAAACCAGACCAAAAUUACCAAGGCUAAGAGAAAACAAAGAACUAUACAAACUACUCAAUAUAUUUAACCAAAAGAUCCUACAUAAAUUUUUAAGCAAUGAUACAACGGUCUCUGAAGUUCAUACUCUAAUCUACUGCACAGCAAUGGUCAUAAGUAAGCAACUAGGAUACAAAGUACGACUUAAUACUAAUGAUUACAGACAACAUAUAAAACCUGAAAAACAACCAUGGCAAAUUAGACAAUUAGAACUUAGUGGCAGCAAAAAUAAUAGCCUCGAGCAAUCAGAAAUACCGGAUAAAGAUGAUUUCAAAAACUACUGGGCCGAUUUGUGGGAAAAAAGUGAGUGUCAUAAUGAAAGAGCAAGUUGGAUAAAGGAAGAAGAAAGAAAAUGGGAUGGUAUUGAAGAAAUGGAAUUUUUAGAUUUAACAAAAGAAGACAUUGAAAAAGUAACGCGAAAAAUGAAAAAUUGGAAGGCUGCGGGGCCAGAUGGCAUACAAAACUUUUGGCUUAAAAAACUUUCUUUCCUACACGAGAAACUUGCUAAAAAAUGUACAGAACUGAUUAAAGGAGAAGCACAAUUACCAGACUUUUUAGCAAAAGGUAUAACCCAUAUGCUACCAAAAAGUGCAGAUACAUCAAGCCCAUCACAGUAUAGACCAAUUACUUGUUUGCCAACCUUAUACAAACUAAUUACGUCCUGCAUAUCUAACAAAAUUAACUCGCAUAUAGAAUCCAAUAACAUAUUAGCAGAAGAGCAAAAAGGAUGUAGGCAGGGUCAUAGGGGAUGUAAGGAACAGCUAAUUAUUGAUUCUACAAUACUAAAACAAGCACAUAAACACAAUAGAAAUUUACAUGUAACAUACAUCGACUACAAAAAAGCUUUUGACAGUGUACCCCAUUCUUGGUUAAUUAGAGUUCUGCAAAUUUAUAAAGUAAACCCUACAAUAAUAACAUUCCUGGAAGAUGCCAUGACCAAAUGGAAAACAACUUUAUCUCUUUCCAACGGAACUUUCAAAAUUAUCACAGAUGAAAUUCAUAUUUGUAAUGGCAUUUUUCAGGGCGAUUCACUGAGCCCCCUAUGGUUCUGCCUUGCACUCAACCCACUUUCGCAUUUACUUAACCAAGUUAACGGAUACAACCUAUCUAACAGUACAGCAAUAACACAUCUAAUGUAUAUGGAUGACAUCAAGUUAUAUGGUAAAUCGGAAAAAGAUAUGGAAGACCUACUAACUAUAACAGCUAACUUCAGUAAAGACAUUCACAUGACGUUUGGAUUAGAUAAAUGCAAAACCUUACACAUACACAAUGGAAACAUAUUAACAGGAGAUUAUAAUAUAAAUAACACAAUAAAUAUUACAGCUAUGGACAUAAACCACACAUAUAAAUAUCUAGGCAUACAACAAAAUAAAUAUAUAAAUCAUACACAAAUUAAAAAAGAACUUACAUCAGAAUAUCUAAGAAGAGUAAAUAUAAUAUGUAGACAAAAACUCAAUUCUAGAAAUUUGUUUAAGGCUCUUAAUACUUACGCAGUUCCUAUACUGACGUACUCAUUUGCUAUAAUUAAAUGGACCAAUACAGAUAUAUCUCACUUACAAAUUAAAACAAGAACUUCAUUAACUAAACACAAAUACCUGCAUCCAAAAUCUGCUAUUGAAAGAAUGACCAUUAAAAGAGAGAAAGGAGGAAGAGGGUUAGUUGAUCUAAAAAUAUUGUUGGAAAGCCAAAUAAACAACAUGAGAAUUUUUUUCUAUAACAAAACUGAGAGUUCAAUACACAAAGCCGUGGUAGAGAUUGACGACAAAAUGACACCAUUAAAUUUAAAACAAACUCACGUCACUUAUAAGUUACAGAACAUUAGCGAAAAGGAGAAACUAGAUUCAUGGCGACAGAAACAACUACAUGGCAGGCAUAUUAAAGACUUAGAACAACAGCAUAUUGAUUCUGUAGCUUCAAACAAAUGGCUAAAAUUAGGUUACCUAUUCCCUGAAACGGAAGGAUUCUUGAUUUCAAUACAAGAUCAAGUAAUUAAUACUAAAAAUUACAGGAAACACAUAAUUAAAGAUCCAAGCUCUCUAGACGACCGAUGUAGAAAAUGCCACAAAAAUCCAGAAACCAUUCAGCACAUAAUAAAUGCAUGCCCACUUUUAACACAGAACGAUUACACACACCGACAUAACCAAAUCGUACAUUAUGUGCAUCAAAAACUUGCCAUUAAAUAUAAACUGUUACCGCCUAAAGUAGAACCAUACUACCAGUACACACCCAAAGCCGUUCUGGAGAGUCCCAGUUACAGGAUGUACUUUGACCGAGCUAUACUAACAGACAAAACGAUUUAUUGUAAUAGACCAGACAUCACCGUAGUUGAUAAAGCUAACAAAACUGCAUAUUUAAUAGACAUAGCCGUGCCCAAUACCCAUAAUAUAAAACAAACAAUUGCAGAUAAAAUACAUAAAUACUCUGAACUUAAAGAAGAGAUACUUAGAAUAUGGAAUUUGGACAAAGUGUAUAUCGUUCCACUGGUACUCUCCAGUACGGGAGUAAUCCCAAAUCAUCUACACCAUAGUAUUAAAUUACUACAACUCCCAGAAAAUGCAUAUAUCACCAUGCAAAAAGCUGCCAUCCUAAAUACAUGCCGAAUUGUACGUCGUUUUCUUCAGGAUGAACCUACAUAA